GCGUGCGAGCAUCGGGCAUUUUUACGGGACGUUUUUCGGGAUUUUUUCGCGAAAUCCUCGGAUUUUGCCCUGUUUUUUGGCGCUGGCGAAUUGUUGUUUGUGCGACGGUUUUGUUACUUGUUUGUGCGGUGUUUUUCAUUUAAGAUUUUCCACAAAAUUCCACGUGCGACCUUGAGUGUGUUUCUUUACCACGACUCGCAUAACCUUGUUCUCUUGCGUGGUUUCUUUUCUACGUGUCAGUGGUGAAUUUUUUAGUAGUGGUGACUUUUUUUCCACAGCAGCACGCGUUUUAAGGAAUUGGAUUACGGUUACUCUCCGACAAGUGCCUUGUGUCUACUCAAAAUCAGUCGAAUAAUGACGUAACGAAGGGACGAGCUGGUCCGAACGGUGGCAUCUUCAAAUUCCGGCGUACGAAAAAAACCAAAUUUCAAAUCCGAAAAAUGUUCAAAAUGCACUAGAAUGACCCCGGGCUCCCCGAAUUUCUCUCACACCUUGGAAAUGAAGAAAUUCAAGAAAAGUUUACGGUGAAGUGUCGGUACGUCAACCCCUCGAACCCCACGCUAAACCCCGCGUAGCGACCCCAUUUUCUUUCGACCGAAGCGUCCGCGAACCCGAUCCAAAAUUCCGGAAAUCGUGGAGACGUCGAGCGACUUUAGGACGAGGAUGAAUUCGUUCCUGCCCCCGUACCACCAUCAAUCGGCGCCGAUCCACCAUCAACCGGUGGGCUCCAUGAUGGUGGACCCCAAGUUCCCCCCGGCCGAGGAGUACAGCCAGAGCAACUACACCAACUCGGACUACUACCACACGCACAACCCCGGGCUCCACCAGUACUCCGGCUACCACCACCAGCCCACCACCACCUCCUACGGCUCCAUGCCGCCCCUCCACGGGACCAACACCCACCACCCCAACCUCGUCACCCCCAACAACUACAACUACAACAACUACUAUCUACCUUCGCAUGGUGUCCACCAUAAUCACAACCACCUCGCUGAGCCCCCGAUCCAGAAUACUCCGCCUGUGUUGCAGAGUUCGACGACGCCGAACAUGAUGUCGUCGGAGGACUCGCCGAAGAACGGCUCGCCGUGCCAGAUGCAGUCCCCGGUGACGUCAUCCAUGGUGCACCAGGAGAACCUGCACUCGUCGCAGGGGCAUCCGGGGCUGGACGGGAGCGAGUCUUCGGACGAGGACGAGGAGCUGGACGAGGACGAUAUGGAUCUCAUGCACGAUGGGUCGCCGCUCAUGAUCGACGAGAACUCCGAGUCUGGCGAUCGGGUUAUCUACCCGUGGAUGAAGAAGAUUCACGUUGCUGGAGUCGCCAACGGCUCCUUCCAGCCAGGGAUGGAACCAAAGCGACAACGGACAGCCUACACGAGGCACCAAAUCCUAGAACUAGAGAAAGAAUUCCACUUCAACAGGUAUCUAACGAGGCGGCGGCGAAUAGAGAUCGCGCACACUCUGUGCCUGUCCGAGCGGCAAAUCAAAAUCUGGUUCCAGAACCGGCGCAUGAAGUGGAAGAAGGACAACAAACUACCCAACACCAAAAACGUCCGGCGGAAAAACGGAACUACCACGGCGUCCGGCAAGAAAAACUCGAGGAGUAAGAAAAAAGCCAGCCCGAUCACCGAACUAAACAACGUAACCAGCUCAAUUAGCGUCGACGAUAUGUCGCAAAACAACUCCCAGUACAACGACCACCACCUCGUGCCGGAAUCACCCGAAUCCGCGCUCAUGAACCUCCACGGUAUCUCCCCAUCGUCCCCCAAUCUCACCCCCCUGAAUUCCCACCUAGCCCCCCUCACCCCCUCGUCUCUACACUCGAAUAUGAGUAAUAUUAACACGUCACAAGCAAUACCGAUCAAGUCAGACUACGGCCUUACCCCCUUAUAACCCUUGUUGACCCCGUGUAAAUACGAACUGUAAAUGCGACUUUUAAUUUUUUUUUUUUUUUUUGUAAGUUGAAAAUUUGUACCGUACUAUUUUUUUCCCUGUACAGGUUUGUUAUUUCUUUCGUAUGCUCCGUGACGGGAGUUUUCGCGAGGUCCAGACCCUCCUUGUCUAGCCUACUCACUCUAUUUGCGAUUUUGCGGGAGGCGUGUUACUAGUUCUGUUCAAAAACCAUUUUUAGUGCGAGUAAUAAUAACUGUUUGAACCAAAAAUAUUGUCCAAUUUUCAGGUGUGUAUGUCUGGACUCUAUUCAAAAGAAAAAAUCUGAAAAUUCCUAGUCAGGCAACUCAAAUUCUAUCAGACACAGCCAGACUUUCCGUUGUUCUAAAAAUUAGAGGCGUGGCGUGCUUUGCGAUGUAU